AUGGCCCCAAAGAACAAGAGCACUGAGAACAUCAACGCCAAGUUGGGUUUGGUUAUCAAAUCCGGUAAGUACGCCUUGGGUUACAAGUCUACCGUCAAGUCCUUGAGAUCUGGCAAGGCUAAGUUGAUCAUCAUCGCCGGUAACACCCCAGUCUUGAGAAAGUCUGAGUUGGAGUACUACGCCAUGUUGUCCAAGACUCAAGUCUACUACUUCCAAGGUGGUAACAACGAGUUGGGUACCGUGUGCGGUAAGUUGUUCAGAGUCGGAACCAUGGCCAUCUUGGACGUCGGUGACUCUGACAUUUUGUCUGCCAUCUAA